AUUAUCGAAGGUCAAUGAAACCAUACAGGAACAGUGUUUAUUGAUUUAAAUGUCUUAUUUUGGUCAGUUUUGCAAUACUGCUGCCAUUCAUACAGUGUUCUGGAAACAUGUGGAAGAAAAUGACCAAAUGAAAUAUUCCAGUUAUGUAAAGGCAUGAUUAGGAAUGAACAUUUAUGAAAUGGUCUGGUUGCUGUAAAAAGACUGUCAAAGAACUCAAACUGUGUAUUCGACAUCUCUAUCUUAUCAAAGAAACCCGUAUCGAGCUUGUUCAGUGUGAGUAUGGAUUCGCCCCCACCAGUAAUAACCACAGAAGAUGUUAUCAACUCGCUCCCUCCGCCCUCCUAUGAGGACAUUAUGGGGCACCAGGCCCAAACCUCAGCGAAGACUGACGUAUCUAAGGAGGAGUUGCCGCCCUUGGCUUACAUUGACAUAAUGCCUCGAUGUCUUCACCCGGGAAAUAUGAAAGGACGAGUUCCACCGGAAUACGACAAGUUCAGUACUUUGAUACAGGCAUCCAACCACUGGCUACGAGAGAAUCCAAUGUACGGCGUGUGGAAAUGUGAGACGGUAGAGCGAAAGGUAGAGCCAAGCGGGGAAGUUAUAAUGGAAAGCAUGUUAUUUCACGAGGCCACGUAUGGGUUUAACGUUUACAUCAAUGGAAUCAGACUGUGGUUGUAUGCCCGCGACAAAAGUUCCUCGCCUCCUCAACAGUUGGGGCUUUACAGCAGAGUUCCAGACAAGGUAUCCAUACCCUUCGCUUUCUAUGGACGCCGCAGAUUUCACGGUCCGGCUUUAGUUCAAACCAUAGCAUCAUACGAAGGACUGAGAACUACUGUAGACAAGCUAAACAAAGAACUCAAGAGUAAACCCAUUGGAGGAACUAUUUUGACUGUGGAGUGUGCCGUGAUAAAGGCUGCGGAGGGAUAUGAGAAGUUAGACGUGGAUCCUGACAAUACAGUGUUUCAUGAAAAUGGCGGGAAAUCACGGCGUUACACGCAGAUUCUCCGGAUAUUCUACAUCAUUGGAACUUCAGCACAGGAAACCUUUGAAUUGAUAGAUGUUAUACCUAAAGUAACCCAUAAACCUGGAAUGGGGACACCUGCCAGGUUUGAGACGUACGAUGAAACACUGGAACGUCUAUCUAAAAAUCCACCCUCAGAACUAAAAGAAGGACGGAUUGUCAAUAUACAAACUCAUAUAUCGAAAUACCGGGAAGUAAUGGGUGAGGUUGAUGUUCUAUCGAACGAUACCGAUGACUUUGUCUUCGGUACUGCAGAAGGAAAACAGUUACAGAUAAUUCGCAUUUUCAAAGUAAACGGAAGUUCAACCAAUUCCUUUCCGCCAGGCCUUUCCACCAAACUCUUCCUUCCCGUUCGUACUGGACCGAAGUCAUUUGAAAAUAUGCAACAAACAAUGUACCGGAUCGAAGCUUGGCUGAGAGCAACAGGAGUACCUGUCUACACUGUUGAUACCGUAUCCUACCUCUUCAAACAACAUUCUCCACUCGGUGUGGAUAACAGCAAAUCUAACGUGAUCAGUCCCGCGGGGGUCGGGAAACACUUCGUCACUGCAAUCAGGGUGUAUUUCUCUCAGCCCUUCCAGGAACCUGACCCCGCCCUCCUCCCUCCUGUAUAUCCAUGGACACCUUCCUCAGGAUCAUCCUCCUGUUCUAUAUUGUGAUCGGACUUCCUGUACAACAUACUGCGUGAAACUGUAUCAAAAUCAGAACACAUAGGACCGGUCACUUAUUGAUCAAACGCAUAUAUCAAUAUUAAGACUGUGAUAUUACUUACUU